AUGGAUGCAACCGGUCCAAGCUACUCCCCUUCCUCGGAAAGUCAGAAAAAUGCCACCCAAAGAAGCCACUCUCGGCGAGAGUCCGCCACCGUAUAUGAAAUUGGAAGCAGUCAGGAAGAAAGUGAGCGCCCGAGGAGACGACGUGACCCCCUUAUAUACUCCCGCAACAGAAGAACACGGAAUAACGAUGAAGAACGGGAGAGGGACGAACACAGGUCCAAGAGAACGCGACAACCUGUAAUAAUGGGCGCAACCCCGUUCCACCACUCCGUCCUCGAGGUCCGGCUACCAAAGCAUUUUGACAAGCCGACGGACAUGAGGUACGAUGGGACACAAAACCCCCUGGAACAUCUAACGGCCUUUGAGGCCAGGAUGAACCUAGAAGGGGUAGGAGAAGAGGUCCGUUGUCACGCCUUCCUGGUCACCCUAGCAGGGCCCACGAUUCGAUGGUUUAACGGCCUCCCGCAGGGAUCCAUCUACAAAUUCUCGGACAUCAGCCGUACCUUUUUGGCCCAAUUCACGACCCGGAUAGCAAAGGCAAAGCAUCCAAUCAACCUACUGGGGAUAACCCAAAGGCCCGGGGAGCCGACCAGGAAAUACCUGGACCGGUUCAACGACGAAUGUUUGGAGAUUGACGGCCUAACCGACUCGGUGGCCAGCCUUUGUCUGACCAACGACCUUCUCAACGAAGACUUCCGAAAACACCUCACCACAAAGCCGGUUUGGACGAUGCAUGAAAUCCAAACCGUGGCUAAGGAAUACAUAAAUGACGAGGAAGUCAGCCAAGUCGUGGCUGCCAAUAAACGACAACCCUCCUACAAUCAACCCAAACAACAAGGUAACGGAAAAAGGCAGAAGGAACAUGCCAGAGAUGGGGGAACGAACAAGACACCCAGGCCGUUUCCCCGGGUUGGAAAAUUCACCAACUACACCCCUCUCACCCUCUCCAUCAUGGAAGUUUAUCAGCAAAUAGCCGAGAAAGGAAUCUUGUCGAAGCCCCGACCUCUGAAAGACCGUACAGGGGGAAACAAGAGUCUCUACUGCGAUUACCAUAAGGGCUAUGGGCACCAAACACAGGAUUGCUUCGACCUGAAGGACGCCCUAGAACAAGCAAUAAGGGAUGUGACCGCCAAAAACACGGCGCCGAAGUCGAGAUCUGCACACAAGAAAGACGCCAAGGUCCUGGCAAUUUCCUCCUCCUCGGCGCAAAGUUCCAACAAGCCUCCAUCCAUCUCUUUCGGCCCAGAGGACCAAUGGUUCGACGAGGCCCCAGAAAACCCACCCAUGGUCAUCACAGCCAGAGUGGGAACCGGCCUCGUCAAACGAAUCCUCGUCGAUACGGGAGCGGACUCGAACAUUAUGUUCCGCAACGUGUUUGGACGCACUUGGGUUACGGGAUGCCGACCUAUCGACUCACCAGCACGGGGUCAUAGGGCUAGGUGA